GUUAUGUGUGAAACAGCCUUGAGCUUGUCUAAGUUGUUUUAGCACAAGUUAAACUUUGAGUACCAGUAAGCGCCAACAAAAAGAUGACCUUAGACGCACCAGCCACAUAAUAAAGACUAUUUUUGCGUAUUAAAUGCAUAUAUUUAUGAAAAUAAUGAAUUUAAAAACAUGAACCUGUUACAUAGGAUACCUUUCUUUAACAUGUCAGAAAUGCCUCUUGGUUUUGGAUUGGAUUACCAACAGAGUAAUUCUACCACAUUUUAUAUGGUUUCACUGGAUAUUCCUCUUCCGACAUUUGAAGAGCUCACAGUUCCAGAGCUAAAACUCUCAGCUUGCCCAUUGUUGGCAGCAGGUAUACAUCUGGGGAAAUUCUGUGAUAAUGAAUGCAAGGAAUUUAUGCUAUGUCACUAUGAAACACAUGAUCCUAGAGCAUGUUUAGAACAGGGAAAAGCAGUGACUAGUUGUGCUCAAAAAUUCUUCAGACAAGUAAAAAAACAUUGUGAUGAGGAAUUUCGUAACUACUACACUUGUCUACACAAACAUGGAGGACCUUCUUACAGUUUGAAAAAUUGCCGUUCAGCUCAGUACCCCUUUGAUAACUGUAUCAAAACUCAUCUGAAUCAAGAACGUCCAGAAUUAAAUUACUUUAAUCGUGUUCGUCUGCACAAAACUGACCGACCUAGAUAUGAACCAGGAUUAGCUCCAAUGCCAGAAAGAAUUCCAGAUCUUCCAGAUUUCUCUUUAUCUGAAGAGCCUGCACGUUUGAAAGACAGGCGGAAAGUCAACGAAAUGUUUAUUUAAAACUGGUGCAGUGAUUGAUUGAACAAACAAACAAACAAAUAUGGUUUAAUCUUAUGCAAAUUAACACAGUUGGAUUAGCUUAGAAAGUGUUUGACAUUUUACAAAAUUUGUUGAUCUCUGUUGUCACAAAUAUACAUAUUCAGUGUAGUUAAU